GCACACGCUGGCUCCUCCGGGAGGGGGAAAGAACGGAGACUUUAGGGGGAGUGUGAAAUUUAGGGAAGAUCCCUCUUUCCCUAAACUGCUGACGCGGAUGGGGUCUGUAUGCGCGACGACGCCACUGACAAUCGAAAUCCAAUCCAACCAUGUUGUCUUGGAUUAUAAAUAUUUUGACUAUUCUUGCGGUAGCACAAUGUUUCUUUACAGAGGAAAAUUAUACCGAAGAGAAACAGAUGCAGCCGCCCACGGUCGUAAUAGCUAUAAUCGCACGUAACGCCGCUCAUUCUUUACCUUACUACCUCGGAGCUCUAGAGAGGCUAACCUAUCCCAAAGAUCGCAUCUCUAUCUGGGCAGCGACAGACCACAACAUUGACAACACAACAGCAAUCCUGCGAGAAUGGCUCACCAUCAUGCAAACCCAAUAUCACUUUGUAGAGUGGAGACCAGUGGAUAAACCCAUGGCCUAUGCAGGUGAGCUGGGGCCCAAGCACUGGACAAACAGCCGCUAUGAAUAUAUUAUGAAGCUCAAACAGGCAGUGCUGAACUUCGCCAAGAAACGCUGUGCUGACUACAUUCUGUAUUCAGACACCGAUAAUAUCUUGACCAACCCUGACACACUGCACCUCCUCAUGGCAGAGAAUAAGUCUGUUAUCGCCCCCAUGCUGGACUCACAAUCAGCAUAUUCCAACUACUGGUGUGGCAUCACCCCACAGGGUUACUACCGUCGUACCGCUGAAUAUUUUCCAAUAAAACAGCGCCAGAAACUGGGCUGCUACCCUGUGCCGAUGGUUCACUCCACUGUUCUGCUGGAUCUCCGCAAAGAGGGCACCAAGAAAUUGGCCUUCCACCCUCCUCACAAAGACUACUCUUGGCCCUUUGACGACAUCAUUGUUUUUGCCUUCUCUUGCAGAAUAUCCGAUGUUCAGAUGUACCUGUGCAACAAAAAGCGUUAUGGUUAUCUGAACAUACCUGCAAAGCCUCAUCAGACCAUGGAGGACGAUCAAAUACAUUUUGUCCACCUGUACCUGGAAUCUUUGAUCAAUGGGCCGCCCAUGUACGUCUCUCGCCAUGUUCAUGUUCCUCCCAAAAAGUCAGACCUCAUGAAAUUUGAUGAGAUUUACUUGAUAAACCUGCGCAGGCGUCCAGCCCGAAGGGAUAGGAUGUUGUGGUCGCUGUAUGAGCUAGAGAUUGAUGCUAAAGUAGUGGAUGCUGUAGAUGGGGCAGCUCUGAACAGCAGCGAUAUAAAAAUUCUAGGCGUUGAUCUCUUACCUGGUUACUACGACCCCUUCUCUGGCCGCACUCUGACCAAGGGAGAGGUGGGCUGCUUCCUGAGCCACUACUAUAUCUGGAAAGAGAUGGUAGACAUGCAGCUUGACAAGGCGCUGAUUUUUGAGGAUGAUGUACGUUUUCAAGCCAACUUCAAGCGACGGCUGAUGCGAGUAAUGGAGGAAGUGGAGCAGGUGGAGCUGGACUGGGACAUCAUAUACCUUGGCAGGAAGCAGGUUAACCCUGGAGAGGAGGUUGCAGUGGAAAAUGUGAGGAAUCUAGUGCACGCUGAUUACUCAUUCUGGACUCUGUCUUACGCCAUCAGUCUCCAGGGAGCUCAGAAGUUGCUUAACGCUGAACCACUAUCCAAGAUGCUUCCAGUGGAUGAGUUUCUUCCCAUCAUGUAUGACAAGCACCCCAAUGAGGACUACAAAUCCCACUUCCCCAACCGGAAUCUGAUGGCAUAUUCCACAAACCCCCUUCUGGUUCAGCCCUGUCACUAUGCCGGGGACUCUGAGUGGGUGAGCGACACUGAGACAUCUACGCUUUGGGAUGAUGACAAUGUGCGCACAGAUUGGAGGGGGUCACAUAAAACUCUCAAGGGAUCCCAGCCACCAGCCGGUAUGCAGAGUGCCACCUACAAGGACGAGUUGUGAAGUGCAACCCAAAUCCCGAUCAUUUUAUAAGAGUGGAGAGAUCAGACUGAGUGAGCAGCACAUUAUAAGGGCUAAUGUCACCCAAUAUGGAGAUGUCAAGAAUGUGGAAGAGACGAGGGAGACCUGGGACCAAAACUGGGAACCUUUACAACUAGUGGUGCAAGGGGAAGCUUGAUCAUUCUUUUACAUUUGACCACAAUGAAAAAGAGAGAUUUUGGCUAUGUUCGUAAUGGAAUAAUGACUUACUAACUAUAUUCUGCAAAUUAUAUACCAAGAACUAGUUGUAUGAUAGUAUGCUAUUCUGAACAUAGCCUACAGAUGUUUUUUCUCUUAUUUAAUAACAAUGUAUUAAGAUUCAUGUAAACGUGGCAAAGCAUAAUCUUUUAUUGUUGGAUAUUCCCAGAAGUGUAAUAAUUGUCAUUAUGACUAUCAUGGAAUAUAAGUAGUAUGUGCACACUGCUAUAGAUGUUCUCAUGCAAUUUAAUUGAAAAAAAGACUGCCUGACAAAGACCCAAGUGGUCAAAAUGUAGAUUUUUCUGUUAAAUUACAUGGGAGAAUCUAUAGCAGUGUGCCGUUCUCUCCUUGUUUUAUAUAUCAUGCUCAGACAAUUGAACAAACAUAGGUCAGAUGUGUAUAUUUGAAUUGUUUGUGCAUGCAUGUGCAUGUGAGAAUGUGUGGUUUGUUGUUUUGUCAUUUAUGGUGCAUCUUUGCUGUUGAAAUUCUCUGUUCUUAUAUGAUUGUCUUAUUUAUUUCACUUCCCUGUCAUAUUCCUUUUCUGUGUUCCUCCAUAAUGAACAGCAAGACCAAUUUGUAUGACAUGAAAAGAAUGUGUAAGUUUUAAUCACGUAAGUACACAAGUUUUAUCAGUUAAAGGUUGAUAAAAAAUGACAAAUGAUAUCCCAGUCACAAUGGGAAUUUUUUUUUAAUUUGUUCUAGCGUACUGUAUCUGGUUCAAAGAUUUCAUUAUGAAAAAUAAAU